AUGGCGUCCAGAAAGAAGGUUUUGCUCAAGGUCAUUAUCUUGGGCGAUAGCGGUGUCGGCAAGACGAGUUUGAUGAACCAAUAUGUCAACAAGAAGUUCAGUGCAAGUUACAAGGCGACGAUUGGGGCGGAUUUCCUCACGAAAGAAGUGUUGGUUGACGAUAGACUUGUCACUAUGCAGCUUUGGGAUACGGCAGGCCAAGAGAGAUUCCAAUCGCUGGGUGUAGCGUUCUACAGAGGUGCCGACUGCUGUGUUCUGGUGUACGAUGUGAACAACUCGAAGAGUUUCGACACGCUUGAUAGCUGGAGGGAUGAGUUCCUGAUCCAGGCUUCCCCUCGAGAUCCCGAUAGCUUUCCUUUUGUCGUGCUGGGAAACAAAAUCGAUGUGGAGGAGAAUAAGAGAGUGAUAUCGUCGAAACGGGCCAUGACCUUCUGCCAGUCCAAAGGCGGAAUUCCAUAUUUCGAGACUAGUGCAAAGGAGGCUAUCAACGUAGAACAAGCAUUCGAGGUCAUUGCAAGAAACGCCUUAGCCCAAGAAGAAUCCGAGGAGUUCAGCGGCGACUUCUCAGACCCCAUCAACAUCCACAUCGAGAACGACAGAGACGGUUGCGCAUGCUAG